AUGCCCGAACUCUCCUCCUUGUGGUGGACGGACGAGAGAAUCGAGGCGACGCUUUCACGCGAUUACGUUCUCUCCCAUCUCAAGGCCGAGUAUCACGCGCGGCUCUUCUCGCUGCCUCCCUGGGGCGAAGGGCUGACCAGCGAGACGUACCUCGAAUGGAUCCUCACCAAAGCCGGCAGGCUCUUUCUCAUCCUGAACGACAUCGGCAUCCCAGAGCGCAUCUUUGCCCUUGUCGACCAGUCCAUCGACGACGCCGAUCUCCCCAUCGCUGAUGCACGCGUGCCCGAACUCCGGCUCUCACCUGCCGACGACAGUCCCGCCCUCGACUCGAAAUUCUUCCAUGCGCAGUGGCGCUUCCUCGUUCGGAGCAUCAAGGAGGGCGAGCAUGUCAACUUCACCGACAACGAAGGAGUCCCCGUCGAGCUGCUCCAGUCGAACAAAGAUGGCGUCGAGAAGGUCAUUCUGUCGGGCGCCGUGUGUCGUACGUAUCUACGCACUCGCAUCAAGGUCAACGAAGCGCCGCAUUUCUUCGAAGAAGAGGAGGUUCUGCGUGAAAUACGCUCGCUGAGGAAGCUGGCCCACGAACACGUCUUUUCGGUCUACGGCUCGUAUUUUGUCGACGACAGUAUCUACGUGCUCUUUGCCGGCACCUAUGAACGCACCCUCCUCUCCUUCCUCACCGAUACACCUCACCAUUUCAAGCGACUCCCCAAGCCAGCACGGAGGGAGAUCUUGGUCAACUGGCCACACUGUCUGGCCAACGGGCUGGCGUGGCUCCAUGCCAACGGCCAUGCUCAUGGCGCGAUUCGGCCGUCCAACAUUCUGGUGGACUUUGACCACCGGAUCUUCCUCGGGCAGUUUGAGGCUCUCGACACGCUCCUGUUUCCGCCAAAAAUCAACGACGUCGAGGCUUAUCAGUACGCCGCGCCGGAGCGAUGGAUCCGGACCGCGGCCGUCCAGGAGAUUGCGCCUUCGCGGACCAUGCACCAUUCCGGAGGUCGCACCGUCUGGAGACCGUCGUCGUCUUCCAAGUCGAAGGACCUCAAUUUCCGUUCCAGUUGGAUGUCGGAAAGCUCCCGAUCGGAUUCAGCCGCCUCCAAGGGGACCGUCAUCCGAGUCGGGUCUCUGGGGUCCCCGUCACGGGCUUCCCACGCUCAUUCCUCGUCCUCGUCGGGCUCUAGCCAUGGCGACAGUUCCCCGAGACUGUCAUUCAGGAGGAAGCCAAUUCUAUACACGCCGUCUAUUACCUCCUCGUCUUCCACCUCUUCUGGUUCCACCACACGCGUUGUUAGCCCAGGCCAGAAGUCGAGGACUCUGUCUAGUACAGGCCCUCACACGGCAGUCGUUCAGACCUGGCAGUCCCACCAGGCCAAUGCUCAGCUGUCAGAUAUAUUCUCGCUCGGCGCCGUCAUCCUCGACAUCUUCACCUAUCUCUGCGAGCGCAAGCUAUCAGCAUUUGCCAGCCACCGCGCUGCCAAAAACCGGACUCCGGGCCGGGGCGGCGGCAUCGCAGACGCCUCAUUCCAUCUCGACCGCAACCUCAGCCAGGUAACGUCGUGGAUCACGCUCCUGGAGCAAGACUCAAAGAAGCGGAAAGGUCUUGCGUUUAGAGCCGUCAAGCCGAUGCUCUCGGUGGUGCGAGAGAUGCUGGCCAAGCAGCCGGAGAAGCGCCCGUCUGCAGCGUACGUGGAGCGGCAGUUUGUCAACAUCGCCCGCCAGCUGGACGGGAUUAUUGAGGUGCACUGUCUGACGAAGCUGUAUCCUUCGAAACUGACCCGGACUGCUGGGGAGUCAGAGUCUACAGAGGAAAGUAAACCAUCAUCGCCAUCAGCAGAGGGAAAUCCAUCAUCCGACAGACCCACCAAGCAGGUCAAUCCAGACGAGAAGAAGACAACACUACCAACAACAGAGAUAGAUCCAGACCUCGACUUUGGUCUCGGCUCAGUCACAAGAACAAGAGCAGCAAGCAGCGACGAGACAGACACAGACACAGAGACAGAAACAGAAAAUGAUAACGACGAUGACUACGACUACGACCCCGAUCUCGUCAUCCUGCAGAACGAGCUAAGGAAACAUUGGAAUGAUUCUACUUUUCUUGAUACCUCGCCGUCGUCGUCAACCAUGUCGCUGGCUGGAUAUGCGGAGUAA